UCUCCCCUAACCGCAGCUCCGGUUCCCCCCUCGCUCCACACCUGCCUAACCUUAAACCGACUACAUACCUUUGCAAUGGCUGUCACUAAAGCUACUACGAGGUCGACUACCACUAAGCCCAGGGCUGCCAAGUCCAAGGAGGUCAAGCCGAAGGAGACUAAGGCGAAGGCACCUAAGGCGGCUGCCGGCAAGGAGAAGGUUGUCGCCGGUGCCCCUCACCCAUCGUUCAAGGACAUGAUCAAGGAAUGCAUUGUCGAUCACAAGGAGGAGGCUCGUACAGGUGUAUCGCGUGCCACUAUCAAGAAGUACAUCAGCGAGAAGUACAAGCUUGACCUCGAGAACAAUGCUUCGAACGCGUCCCACCUGAACCGGGCCAUCGCGUCUGGUGAGAAGGAGGGUAUCUUCGCCCUCCCCAAGGGACCUUCUGGCAAGGUCAAGCUCGCCCCCAAGAACAAGCCCGCUGCCAACGAGAACGCGCAUCCUGCCGGGGAGAAGCCACACAGAGAGAAGGCCGACAAGGUCACCAAGCCUGUCGCUGCGGCCAAACCUCUCAAGAAGCCUACUGCAAAGGCUGAUGCCCCCGCAAAGAAGACCAAGGCUGCUGCAGCACCCGCGAAGAAGACUCUCAAGGCCGCCGACGCUCCCAAGAAGUCAACAACAAAGGCUGCUACCGCACCCUCGAAGCGAAUGAAGAAGGAUGCGCCCGCGAAGAAGACGACCAGCGCGAAGGCGAAUGCUAAGAAGGUACGUUUCCCUCAUGUCCAUUGUGUAUGCGUCGUUGAUGAUUGUUCGUUCGCGUGAUAGCCCGUUGCGAAGGCGGCAGCAAAGACGGCGGCGGAUAAGCCUAAGUCAACCGCGAGCGCUAAGCCCCGGUCGAGAGCCAAGAAGGUCGGUCCCCAUUGUCCACCCUUUUCGGAAACGUGCUGACUUCUGUUCAUAGCCCGAGUCUAACGUCGUGUAAGCGGCGGAUGGUCUUCGUGUGUCUCUUGUCUUUGGGCUACAUUAUUAGUUUCUGUUAUUCCUUAUCUCUACCAUCGGUCCCGUCGCCUAGUGUCACUGGUCUGUACGAGUAUGUGCACCUGUAUGAAGAAGCAUCUAGUCUUUGUCAUGCUCCGUUAGUUCUAUCUAUGUUACUAUGGAUUUAUGACC